CACACACUCUCACUCUCCCUCUGUCACACCCACAGCAGGUACAUUGUCACUGAUAGCAUUAGUUAGCCUUAGUGUGCUUUUGGGCUGCGCCUUUUAAGUCUGCUGAGUGAUCCAGCAGAGUCUAGUAGGCAGCCUCAGGCCCCCAGGUAGAGGAUUCUUCAUCAGUCUUCUGGGUUACUUAUAGGCCUGCUUUCCCUACCUGCUGCCUGCCUGCCUGGCGCAUCUCCUGGCCCAUCAUAAAACACCAGACACCUGCAGACUGACAGAAGAGACUGGAAUCUGAGCUAACUGGACUAGAGGUAAUCAUCACCACUAGUCUACCUUACACCUGUUGGGGUCCUGUAUUGUCUACACUCAGCACCAGUCUCAGCCCUGCCUGAGACCACCCAGAGGCCAGCACACCUUGGCCCAGGAGGCAUCAGCCAUGUCGAGUCCAGGGGAGAGUCUAUCAUCAGAGGGCAGCAGCCCAUUGUUUCCGUCCCGCCUAGGUCUGCCUGAAAGCCCCUUGGGAGACAGGACAGGUGCAGAGGCUGAUAUGGCCUGGGAGAUGGAGGACACCAAGCCCUGCAUGGAGGCUCUUGAGCAUCGCGGCCUUCCGGGCCUCCAGCUGUCCUGCUUCGACAUGCUCUUCACCGAGGACUCCACCUGGCUUGUGAAGGUGACCGAGCCCUCCUCGGGUCAGACUUGUCCCGUGCCUCUCCCCAUAACCAAGACCGAGCACCGUGAGGAGCCAGAGCAGUGCCCCGUCAUCGACAGCCAGGCCCUGGGGCUCUCCCCGGGGCUGGAGGGCCAGGAGGAGGAGCGAUCCCUGGAACAGGUCCAAAGCAUGGUGGUCGGGGAGGUGCUGAAGGACAUCGAGACGGCCUGCAAGCUGCUCAACAUCAUCCCAGACCCCAUAGAGUGGAGCUCGGGGAACGUCCAGAAGUGGUUGCUGUGGACAGAGCACCUGUAUAGACUGCCUCAGGCCGGCAAGGCCUUCCAGGAGCUCACUGGGAAAGACCUGUGUGCCAUGAGUGAAGAGGACUUCAGGCAAAGGUCCCCUCAGUGUGGAGACACCCUGCACGCCCACCUGGACAUCUGGAAGUCAGCUGCCUGGAUGAAAGAGAGGUGUUCCGUGGGAGACAGCAAAAUCACAGUGUGCGCGCAUGUGCGUGUUCAUAGCUCAUCCCUCUGUGCAGGCGGAGAGGAGCUGUGGUUGGAGGCAGACUCGUCAUGCUCAGGCCAGCCCAUCCACCUGUGGCAGUUCCUCAGAGAGCUGCUCCUCAAACCCCACAACUAUGGACGCUGUAUCCGCUGGCUCAACAAGGAGAAAGGUAUUUUCAAAAUCGAGGACUCUGCUCACGUGGCGAGACUCUGGGGACUGAGGAAGAACCGUCCAGCGAUGAACUACGACAAGCUGAGCCGCUCCAUACGGCAGUACUACAAGAAGGGCAUCAUCCGCAAGCCUGAUGUCUCCCAGAGACUGGUCUAUCAGUUUGUCCACCCAGUAUGAGGGGACGGAGGAGGACAGAGGUCUCCAAAGAAAGGGCCACACGAUCACACCUUGCACUUGUACAUUAAACCAACACCAAGCUGAAAAGGGGUGAAACUAACAAGCAUGCACUGACCAACCCCUGUAAGUACACAUAGCCUUUGCCAGCAUUUGCCAGUAAGUGUCAGCAGUCAAAGCUGGCAAAAUAAUUUUUCGCUUUUUUUAAUGCAGAGAAGAAACUUGAGACUAAAAUGAAAGUGCUUUUUCUCUGGGCUGAUUCCUCUUAAAAACCACAAAACAACAAAGAAAGAAAAAAAAACCCUUUGAACUGCCUUUUUCAUUUGCACGAUCUGCCUGUCCUUUUUUCCUAUUAUAUCAUUUAAUCAAUAACCCGUAUCUUAAAAGACAGCAUUUGAUUGGCGUCAAACAUAAGUAAGAGAAAUUCCCAAUGCCCACAGUUAUACCUUUAACAUUAUGUACCUGCUGUGUCCCUGUGUGUAGGAUGAAGAACAGUCUGCGUGUGCUUAUUUUAUCAGAGCCUGUUCUACUCAUUCCUCUGGGAAUGUGGUUAGGAGUUUUGCUUCAGCUAGGGCUCAACUCUGGCUCUGGCUGUCAUCCAGAGAGGCAAACAGCUCACUCUUUUUUUUAUUAAUCACAUGGCACACUUCGGAACUCUCCCGAAAGGCUUUUACAAUAGAGCAUUUCGCUGAACCUGAAUGGGAGUGCAGCAACAACCCCCUCAUAAUAAACUCAUAUAGUCAAAGUCUGUAACUGACUGGUAAAAGCCGUUGGCUUUCCACCCUGCCAUAGAAAACAUCUAGAAAGCACCAGACCACUGUAUAUUACCAUGUUAUGUGUCAUAUGUUCUGCACCUUUUGCUUGCGUCUAAUUGUAAUAUCUACAUCAAAAACUGUAUCCUCCACCAUCUUCCCCAUUGCAAUACAGGUUCAAUUCUUGAAAACAAGCAGCAUUACUAAUCUCAUAAUUGAUCAUUACCAAUUCUGUUGAAUUCUAUGAAGUAUACAAUAAAAAAAUGAGGGUUCCUCGAGGGGUUUUUGGUAAGGGUGCUGGUUCUAUGUGGAACCAUAAUGACCCAAAGAACCCAUUGAGCCCUUCAAUGGUUCUUUGAGGUUCAAAAAAUGUCAAUGUAGCAGCAGCAGCUCAUUCAAAUAUUUUGGGACUUGGCUUGCUCACAGCUCCUUCUGUGCAACCGUGAGUGAGUGUCCUUCCAGUUGAUCUAAUCUGUUGUGUUACGCUAUUACAUGUUAUGUAUGACUAUGGCCAGUGACAGUGUCUUGUGAAAGACUCAUGUAUGGUCUUGUGUCAAUUGAGAACGGUUGACUAAGUCAAUAGGUGUCAAUUCUCUCCCAGCUGUUCCAGAGCUACCACACCUGAUUUAACUUGUUAAUAAACACAAUAAUAAAAACGAUUGCAUUUUAACAGUAUAUUAUGGCUUUUAAACCAGAAUAAAAACCCAUGAAUGGUUCUACAAAGAACCAUUGAGAUUGAGAAAGGUUCUUUAUAGAACCAGUCUCCAUGAAGGUUCUAUAUCGAAACCAUAAAAAAGGGUUCUAUAUUGCCCAAAAAAGGGAUGUGACCAUAGCGGAACCCCUUUUUGGUGCUAUAUAGAACCUUUUUUUAUGCUUCUUUAUAAAACAUUAGGAACGGGUUAUUUAUAGCACCAUACAGGCUCCAUUUAGAACCUUAUGAGCAUGGUUCUUUAUAAAAAAAAGUUCCAGAUAAACGGGUUGGCUGACAACUUCACGAAAAUGAUGAGCACGCAUCGAUGAGGUAGAUGGCCGUGUGGUGUUAUGAUUCUGAACAGUCAGCUACCAACAAUGACAAUAAGCUGCCAUGUGGGGAAUCGUAGUUGGCUGACUUCAGCUCGUGUCUUGUUGUCCCCACGCAUUAUUACGAUCUCAAGUGAACUCUUAUCAAGUUACAGUAUCUGCUUUACCUUGGUGCCUUGUAUAGUUCCAGCUAACUGGAUAUAUUCGUCUGAGCAUACAAUCCAGUCUAAACUAAAGCCUCAUUCACACGUUGUGCUAUCUAACAUGAGGCUUUCAUCAUCUGAUCAAGAUGAUUCAAUCACUAUCUGAUUAAGGUCUGUUAAGUCUGCAAAUGGUAAUAAAAUGUAUCUCUUAUACAGGGGCACAACUUUGGUUUUAGAAGUGGGGGGGACAUAACCUGGUGGGGGGUCUGGAGGUCCUCCCUCAGAAUUUAUGGGCAUCUAAAGCUCAUUUCCUGCAUUUCCACAAAAUCUAAUAUGAACCUUUUGGGGUCACUUAUAUUGAAAAUAAGAAUAGAAUAUGUUUCUAAAUACUUCUACAUGAAUGUGGAUACUACCAUGAUUAUGGAUAAUCCUGAAUAAAUCGUGAAUAAUGAUGAGUGAGAAAGUUAUAGAAACACAACCAAAACAAACAGAAAAUGUAUCCAACAAAUGUGUUGAGUAACAAGCUUGAUGUAGUCAUUGUGUGCUAUAAAUGUGGGAUCAAAUAAUUAACUUUUUACUACUUUACAAGCAAAUUUGUCACUAAUACUGCGAUAAAAAUAACAUUUAGCCAGCCUUCACAAGAGCAUAACAUAUUGAAGUAUGUCCCCUUUUAUGUUUUACACCUCCAGCAGAGGAAAGACAUUUCUGAGUGCAUGUUAUUUAGUUACACUGGCAUAUGUUACGUUCUAUGGAUGGUCUUAAAUUGCAGUAAUGUAUGUCUGAGAUUAUAUGAACAUGACUGGGCAUUCAAACAUAUCUGUAUCCAUGCAUCAUCAUCAGUAGUGUCUCCCAGGUCUUCCUCACAUUUUUGUUUAACAUGCUUUGUGUCAUCGGGAAAAGCCUCUAUCAACCCUUGAUACAGUUUGGAAAUCAACUUUAGAGGUUUGUCAGACUGCCUUAAAAUAGUUUCAAUCUGUGAAGCUUCUGGCUUGUCCAGUGUUUGUUUCCCUGAGACAAUAAAGUGUUGCAUCUGCAAAAGUUCACCUCA